AUAUUCCAAACGAGGCAUUAGGUGGAGGAAGGUGUGGGAAGAUGAGCAUGCAAAGUCCCACCUCAUAGCACUAGCCGGCCAAACAAAGCCAGUGUUUUUUACCAUGGAGACAGACAACCAAACCGCCGCAGAGAUCGAAGAAACACCCAACGCCGCCGCUGCAGAGGACGAGUCAUCGCCGCUAUUACAGAACACAGAUAGGUCUAGGUCGGUGGGGACAAAGGUCCCGGAGGUCGAGGUCCACCUCUACCGGCGAGGAAAAGGCCCGAUCGACGUAUUCAAGUCGGGUUUGGGUGGGUGGGAACAGGACCAGAUUGAAGUCCGAGACAUCCUCGACAAGUACGGUUUCAAAUCGCUCUUCGCCUUCAACACCGAGACGGGUCGCGGAGUCCCCAUUUUGUUCAACCCGAGAAAUGGUCGAUCUACGCUUUCCUACGCCGAUGGAUCUGUACUUUCAAUGGAUGGAGAGCCCAAGGACUCCUUAAUCAAACCUAUUACCAAGAUCUUGCUAGCAGUAGCAGUUUCAACCUUCAUGAUAGUAUUGGUUAUGAAGGAAAGUCCAGAAUGGAUGAAAAAACUGAACUUGUCUGGUGGUAGAUUUCCUCCUUGGAUCCUUGCUUGUGUGGUUAUCGUUUUCACUCGCAUGAGGAAGAGAACCAAGGACUUCCUGACAAAACGUGGUUAGAGUGAAUAGAGAUGCCAAACGCUGAUGUUUUUUGUCAAAAUUUGCUAGUUUCGUUUAAAUGUCCAUUCUUGAUCACGGUAUGGAUUCGGGUAUGAUAUCAAAUAUACCUUCGUUAGUAUGUUCGGAUUGUUUGGUUGUAUUGAUGGGGGUGAAAAAAUUUCGUGUGCAAUUAUUGUGCCUAUGCUAGCAGCAAUUGGAGUUGAAAUACUUUCAUGUGUAUUGUUACUAAUCCUUGGAAUAUGCAUUGCAUCUCUUAGUCAAUAGUUGAAGGAAGACUCAAAUUCCACAUCUACACAGUAAAGUUUAACCUUGUAUUUUAUUGCCUUUUAAUUUACAUUUUUAA